AGGCGUGUGAGGGUUCUUGGACAAGACCACCCCGACACCCUGACAAGUGUUAACAACCUUGCCAUCGCACUGCAAUCCAGAGGGAAAUACAACGAAGCAGAGACGAUGACGCGGCGCGCACUGGUGGGGCGCCAGAAGGUUCUUGGACUGGACCACCCGGACACACUAUCAAGUCUCCACGACCUGGCUGUCCUGCUGAAAUACCAGGAAAAGUACGAUGAAUCGGAGAAGAUAAAUCGGCGUGCACUGGAGGGGCGCCAGAAGGUCCUCGGAUGGAACCACCCGGACACCCUAUCAAGCCUCCAUGACCUAGCUAUCGUGGUGGAAUGCCAGGGAAAGUUCGCUGAAUCGGAGGAGAUGAAUCGGCUUGCACUGGAGGAGCGCUCGAAGAUUUUUGGAUCGGACCACCCGGACACCCUAUCAAGUCUCGACAACCUGGCUAUUGUGCUAGAUUAUCAAGGAAAGUACGAUGAAUCAGAGACAAUGAAUCGGGAUGCACUGGAGCGGCGUGAGAGGAUUCUCGGGCCAGAUCACCCAGACACCCUAGCAACUCUCACCAACCUAGCCCUUGCGCUACGAUACCAAGGAAUGUACGACGAAUCGGCGAUGAUAAAUCAGCGUGCACUGGAGCGGCGUAAAGUGAUUCUCGGGCCAGACCACCCAGAUACCCUAACAAGUGGUAACAACCUAGCUGUUGUUCUGGGAUACCAAGAAAAGUACGAUGAAUCGGAGGAGAUGAAUCGCUAUACACUGAAGGGGCGCGAGAGAAUUCUUGGGCCGAAUCACCCCCAUACCCUCACAAGUUUCAACAACCUGGCUCUCGUUCUGCAAUACCAAGGAAAGUACGAUGAAUCAGAGGAGCUGAAUCGCCAUGUACUGGCGGUGCGCGACAAGGUUCUAGGACGAGACCACCCAGACACCCUAGUAAGUGUUAACAACCUGGCUAUCGUGAUGGAAUCCCAAGGAAAGUACUCCGAGUCUGAGAAGCUCAACCGGCGUACACUUGAGGGGUACCGGAAUAUCUUUGGGUCAGAGCACCCCCACACCCUCACAAGUCUCAACAACCUGGCUGCCCCGCCGCAGCGCCAAGAGAAGCACGAAGAACCAGAGGCGAUUCAUCGAGAUGUCCUGGGGGUGCGUUACAGGGUGCUCGGACUUGACCACCCAGAUGCUCUAGGCAGUCUCAAAAACCUCGCC